AGCAACAGCAGCAAGCUGGCUGAAAGGUCCCGGGGGUGUUUUCAGGACCCUGGUGUGCUCCUCGCUUUCUUCUGCUUCUUCCUCUUCCUCUUGGUCAGAUGAUCUCCUUCGGCAAAUGGACCGCCGUGACGCCUGGGACCGCUUCUACACCGCAAAGGAGAGAGGAGCUUCACGUCCUGGCCACUUUGACUGGUUCUUUUCCUAUGAAGAUGUCUCUGGGUUCCUGCUCUCCUUCCUUCAGAGCUCGCUGGCCGGCCGGACCCAAAUACUAGACGUCGGCUGCGGCACGUCUGCUUUAAGUCUGGGGCUCUUUCGAGACUCGCUCCGGCAACUUCACAUCUCGUGCUUGGACUUCUCCCCUCCAGCCAUUGACUCCCUGCGCCAGCUGGUGAGGGAGAGCCCCCCACCGGGGCACCCUCUUUCAGAACUGCACUGCUACCUUGCCGAUGCCACUGCCCUGAGCAGCACCUUCGAGGAGGGAUCGUUCCACCUCAUCCUCGACAAGGGGACCUGUGAUACGCUGCUACGAUGCCCCCAGGGCCCGGGAAGAGCCAAGACGUUGGUGUCAGAGUGCCUGAGGGUGCUGAGGCCCACGGGGAACCUGCUUCAGUUUUCCGAUGAGGAUCCGGAUGCCAGGGUACCGUUUUUGGAACAGGCAGGGGGGGUGAAAGUUACCGUGAAGGAAAUCACGCAUAUCAGUGGCAUCUGUUACUACGCUUACGUAGUAAGCCCAGACUCUUCAGGGACCAGUGGAGCUGCCAAAUAGAAGAGGAACCGAAAAAACUGUAUCCUAUGGGGGUGAAGUAAAACCUUCGAGGCCAGCUGGGGUUCAGAAACUGGGUGCUAGCUAAUGCUCUUCGAGGAAUCAAUUGUGUAGUGUGUGGCAGCAUCUGCUCUCUGGAACUCCCCGCCACUUGAUUUGAGGCAGGCGCCUUUGCUGUGCUGUUUUUAAUGUCUGCUGAAAACUUUUUUCUGUGUAAGCAAGCCUACCCAGGGAAGAAAGAGCUGGAGGGAGAAAGCAACAGGAAUGGCAAAAGGGAAUGAAAAUGAGCCGGUUGAGAGUUCUUCUCGUUUAUUACAUUUCUCACACACCCUUCACCAUCGGGUUCCAGGGUGGGUUACAACAAUUUAAAAACACAUUAUUUUAAAAUAAGUUAGAACAAAUGACAGUCGAGAGAAUAGGGUGGGUUCUAAGAUAUACAUACCAGUAUACCUGAGGUGUCAAAGAAGUUAAUCUUCGGCAUAUGACAAAAAUUACAUAACGUAGGUGCCAUAGACAACUCUGUGGGGAGGAAUUUCACAAUUGAGGAUCUGCCACCACCCCAGAUUUGUGAGGGUGGUGGAACUACUAACAGGGCCCACUCAGCCAAUCCUAACACUCGAGAGGCAGCCAUUCAGAUACCGGUUAUUUGGGGCCUAAGUAAUUGAGAACUCCAGACAUUAACCCGGCUGCUGCAAUUUGGGCCAUUUGACGUUUCCAAACUAUCUUCAAGGGCAGCCCCGCAUGCAGUGUGUUGCAGUAAUCCAGCUGGAAGUUACCAGAGGGUGGAACACAGUGGCCAAGUCAUUUCUGUCCAAAAGCUGGCAAACUGGCUGAAGCUCGAAAUAAGCACCUGAGGCUUCAGUGACAGGGCUGGAUCCAGGAGUUACCCGCAAGCUACAGACCUGCUCCUUCCAGGUCUGCAUGUAUAU